AUCUAGACCACAUCUAGAGUAGUGGGACGCUCAACAAAUCACUACGCUGAUUGGCUGAGAGGUAGAAGAUGGCAACUCACGGCAACGGAAGUUCAGAUUUUUUCGCCAAGAUGCCUGAGAUCAAGUUCACGAAGCUCUUUAUUAACGGCCAAUUUGUUGAUUCUGUCUCAGGGAAAACGUUUGAGACUAUCGAUCCGAGGAACGGGGAGGUGAUAGCAAGAGUUGCAGAAGGAGAUAAAGAGGAUGUAGACCUGGCCGUGAAGGCCGCCCGUCAUGCUUUCGAUCAUGGUCCUUGGCCUCGCUUAUCCGGCUCUGAGAGGGGAAAGAUCCUAAUGGAGUUCGCAAAUUUAAUUGAAGAACAUGCAGAGGAAUUAGCUGCAUUGGACACUGUAGACGCCGGAAAGCUGUUUGCUGGUGGCAAGGCUACUGAUAUUCCUCAUGUAAUCGAUAUUAUCCGCUAUUAUGCUGGUGCAGCCGAUAAAGUUCAUGGAGAAGUGUUAAAAAUGUCAGGAAAGUUCCAGGCUUACACUCUUCGGGAGCCCAUUGGCGUCGUUGGACUCAUAAUCCCCUGGAAUUUUCCCUGCACCCUUCUUUCCCUGAAGACUAGUCCGGCAUUGGCAGCCGGAUGCACUAUGGUUGUCAAGCCAGCCGAGCAAACUCCUCUUUCUGCCCUUUAUUAUGCACAUCUUGCAAAACUGGCUGGAGUCCCAGAUGGAGUGCUGAAUGUUAUAACUGGAUAUGGAGAGACUGCCGGUGCUGCAAUUAGCUCUCAUAUGGACAUUGAUAAAUUGAGAUUCACAGGGUCAACAGAGGUUGGACGCAAAGUUAUGCAGGCUGCUGCUGCAAGCAAUCUGAAACCUGUGUCACUUGAGUUAGGAGGCAAAUCACCUCUCUUAAUUUUUGAUGAUGCUGAUGUAAAUACAGCAUCCAGCCUUGCUCUUAGUGGAGUGCUGUAUAACAAGGGAGAAAUUUGCGUGGCGAGUUCUCGUGUUUAUGUUCAGGAAGGUAUAUAUGAUGAAUUUGUAAAGCAGUUGGUAGAGAAGGCAAAAUCCUGGGUUGUAGGGGAUCCCUUUGAUCCUAAAGUGUGUCAAGGACCCCAAGUUGAUAAGAAGCAGUUUGAGAAAAUCCUGUACUACAUUGAACAAGGAAAAAGGGAGGGAGCUACCUUGUUGACUGGGGGCAAGGCUUUCAGCAACAAGGGACUCUAUAUUGAGCCAACAAUAUUUGUAGAUGUUAAGGAUGACAUGCUCAUAGCACAAGAUGAGAUUUUUGGACCCGUUUUCUCAUUAAUGAAGUUCAAGACAAUUGAUGAAGCAAUCAAGAGGGCAAACAACACCAGGUAUGGCCUAGCAGCAGGUGUUGUGACUAAAGACUUUAAUGUGGCUAAUACUGUUUCAAGAUCGAUCCGUGCUGGUACCAUAUGGAUCAAUUGUUAUUUUGGGUUUGAUGUGGGCUGCCCCUUUGGAGGAUACAAAAUGAGUGGGUUUGGACGAGACUAUGGGUUGGAAGCACUUUACGAGUACUUCCAUAUCAAGUCCGUUGUGACACCCAUUUAUAACUCCCCUUGGCUCUAAGUGUUCAACCCAAGAUUUUAGCAUCUUUGUUCUUGCUUUUAUAAAGUGCUUAGAAGCAUGAAUUUGAAUAAUACCUGAAUGUGGGCCUGUGAUAAACAGUUUGUUAUGUAAACUUAAAAUAUAUGAAUCUAUAAGGUAUUUGUUUAUUUUACCAUCAUAUAUAUAUAGAGGUAUUUGUUUAUUUUAUAACAGUGCUAUAAGAUAUGGCAAACCGUACGUUGUGCACCCCCUAAAUACAGGAUGGGCUAGUUU